ACAUGCAUAUGCCUAUAUUUAGAAUGUUACUUGUCUAACCUUAUUCGAAAAGUAUAAAUUGGCUGCACAUAAGAUCAAGACUUUACAUAUGUCCUAGUCAUAUUUGUCAUAAGAGCAGCAGAUCAUUUACAGAAUGAAGGUAGCAGUAGUCUUGUCAUUAUUCCUAGUUCAGGUUUUUGCCAUGACAACAAAACAUCAUGGACACCAUACUGGACCAACGCAUCCACCUGCAGUGCACGAAACAUUUGCCUUCAGAUAUGACCCGGUUUCGAGUACUGUAUUGGCAAAAGUUGGCCAUAAAUGUUAUUUAUACAAAGCAACUGGAUCUGAGCUAACAGAAGUACAUACUACACAUGGAUUACAUACUAUAGAGAUGGCUGUUAUAAAGAUGAUUGACGACAAAACAGCAACUUAUACAACAAUGACCACACAUGAUAUGACAACUCUAAGCAAAACACAGUCUCAUUUGUGUACAGCUCAUAACGCCCACCCAACAAUUUUCAAACUCAACUUUUAAAUAAAAUUUCAUCAAACAU